CAUGAUGACAUAAGAAAGAGAGAUGGGUAGGGAGGGACUCAUGAAAGUUAAUCAUUUGUCAGUGUAAUAAUUACAUUUAUGUCUAGGUAAUGUUAGGUCAGUAGUCUUCCUGUGAGCACUGGAGACUCAGCCUGCGUGUGGGUCGCUCAGACUUUAAGAUGGACAAACCACAGAAAGACGCCCCAACUGAUCACAAGAUGAGCAACUCCGGAAAGGAUUCUGCAAAGCAACCAGUCACAGCCUGUCUGUUGAGCGCCGCCUUCUUCGGUGCCCUGGGGUCAUCUUUCCUUUACGGCUAUAACCUAUCUGUGGUCAACGCUCCUGCUCUGUACAUUAAAGCUUUCUUCAAUAAAACAUGGGUGGAGAGAUACGGGGAACCUCUUGGAGCAGAGACAGCCACCCUCCUCUGGUCCAUCAUAGUGUCCAUAUUUGCUAUCGGAGGCCUUUUCGGAGCACUGUCUGUCUCUUUUAUCAUCAAAGUCCUUGGAAGAAAGGGAACCCUGCUGCUGAAUAACAGCUUUGCUGUAAUCGCUGCACUGCUGCUGUCCUUGGGUGAGAGGGCAAAAUCUUUUGAGAUGCUCAUCAUUGGCCGGCUCAUAAUCGGGGUGGACUCUGGUAUAGCCCUCAGUGCCCUCCCCAUGUACCUGGGAGAAAUUUCACCAAGACAUAUGAGAGGGUUCAUUGGCCAGUUCAACUCCAUUCUGAUCUGCUUGGGAGUGUUCACAGGGCAAGUGCUGGGGCUGCCAGAGCUGCUGGGCCAGGAGUCCAGGUGGAACUACCUGUUUGCCUUCCUGGCGUUGCCGGCGUUGCUGCAGCUCAGUGUGCUGCCCUUCCUCCCUGAGAGUCCUCGCUUCCUGCUGAUGGAGAGGAGGGAUGAAGCUGGAGCAGAGAGAGCCUUCCAGAGGUUUUUGGGGAAGACGGAUGUGUCCCAGGAGCUGGAAGAGGUCCACGCGGAGACUCGAGCUCAGGACAACCUACACACCGUCUCUGUGUUACAGCUGCUGAGGAGCCCAGCUGUUCGCUGGCAGCUCAUCACCAUUAUCAUCACCAUGGCCUGUUAUCAGCUCUGUGGCCUCAACGCUAUCUGGUACUACACUAAUGGGAUCCUUCGGGAAGCGGGUUUUGCUGAGAACAUCCUCCCCUACAUCACACUGAGCACUGGAGCUAUAGAGACAUUGGCUGCCAUAAUUUCGGGCUUAGUAAUAGAACGGAUCGGGAGGAAGCCCCUCCUCAUAUUUGGUUUUUCUGCCAUGGCCGUGUUCUUCAGCCUGCUCACAGUGUUCCUCAAUUUCCAGGACAGUGUGACGUGGAUGCCCUACCUCAGUUUCAUCUGUAUACUGGCUGUGAUCGCGUCCUUUUGCUCUGGGCCAGGUGGCAUCCCCUUUGUCCUGACCGGGGAACUGUUUGAACAGUCCUACCGCCCUGCUGCCUUCAUGAUCGCUGGCACUGUAAACUGGCUGUCCAACUUUGCUGUGGGCCUCCUGUUCCCAUUCAUUCAAGAGACGCUGCAGUCCUUUGCCUUCCUGGUGUUUGUGGUGGUCUGCACUUUGGGAUCAAUCUACCUCUAUUUUGUCCUCCCUGAAACCAAAAAUAAAACAUUCAUGGACAUCAGUCAGAGCUUUGCCAAGAUCAACAAAAUCCCCAUUCCCGCCCCCACCCAAGAAAUGGAGCUUGUUCUGUCCACGAAGACUGACGUGAAUGGAAAAGUCCAAGAUGUCAUCAAGAUGGAGAGUUCCUUCUAAGUGAGCAAACUACACUAACUGUGGAGAAACAGGGUUGAAAUGUAGACUGAAAGUGUUCAUUGUUUGUAUAUAUUUAUUUAAUUGCUGUAAUCAGUGAGAUGACAAUCCAUGCUUUUUGACAGUUUCAGUACAUUUAUUAUUAUUUUGUAUAUGUUUUGUAUGUUUGGAAUAUUUAGGAAUAUUACAGUAUUUCAGUUUACAGCGACUAUUUGUGUGUACCUCUUAUUAAAAUGAAACAAACCAA